CUCCUCUAGUCGCGUGCGAAUACCCGAAGGGUGAAAGUCAGACCGGGCAACGGUUGAGUUCACCUGGAAAACCAAGAUAAGUCGUAACAGUUUCAAGACUCCGGUUCGAUAAAAGACAAGACAAUGGUGGACGAGAAGAAAAAAGUGUCGAACUUGGACGCCAAUUCCAACGUUAAGGAUGUCGGAGGGAGCGUGCCUGCGGAAGAGGACUUGAUGGACUUUGAUGACCUCCUGCCGUACAUCGGCGAAUUUGGACUUUACCAAAAAUUACUGUUCCUCAUGAUGAUACCGUUCCUAUUUUCCGUCGCCUUCGUUUAUUUUGCACAGAUCUUCGUCACACUCGUCCCAGAAGACCACUGGUGCAGGGUUCCGGAGCUCGAAGGACUCCCACAAGAGUUGAGGAUGAGCCUCAGCAUACCUCCUAGCCCGGAUGGGGAAGGAUACGACAAUUGCAGGGUUUAUGUCGCCAAUUGGACAGACGUGAUCGCCAGAGGGUUGAAGCAUGCCGAUCCCAGUUGGCCGACCAUCCCCUGCUCGAAAGGUUGGGAAUAUAACUACACAGACGUUCCCUAUUCAACAAUAGCAUCUGAGCUUGAUUGGGUUUGCGAGAAUGCAGCACUGCCGUCGUUUUCGACAGCGGUUUUCUUCCUUGGAGCCAUAACCGGGGGUUUGGUCUUCGGCUGGAUGGCAGAUUAUUUCGGCAGGAUACCGGCCCUGAUCGGCGCUAAUCUGGUCGGCUUGGUCGGCGGACUCUUGACUGCGAUGGCAACUUCUUUUUGGACUUUCACAGCCUGCAGGUUCCUAGUGGGACUGGCUUUCGACAACUGUUUCACGAUGAUGUACAUUCUCGUGUUGGAGUAUGUGGGGCCGAAGUGGAGGACUUUCGUCGCCAACAUGUCCAUCGCGCUUUUCUUCACUUUGGCGUCUUGUCUUCUUCCUUGGAUCGCUUUGUGGAUCGCAGACUGGAGGUGGUUCAUGGUCGUAACGUCUCUUCCUCUCGCUGCUGCCCUCUUCACGCCCUGCACUGUUCCGGAAAGCGCUAGAUGGCUAGUUUCCCAGGGGAAGACAGACAAGGCUGUGAAAAUAAUAAAGAAGUUCGAAAAACUGAACGGCAAGAAGGUUGAUCCUCUCAUCUACGACGAGUUCAAGACAAGUUGCGAGAAAGCAGCAUCAGACGAGCCUCAAUCUUACUCAGUACUUGAUUUAUUCAGAACCCCUAGGCUGAGGAAUACAACUGUCCUACUUAUAGUCAUCUGGGGUGCCAUUUCUUUGACGUUCGACGGUCACGUGAGAAACGUCGGCUCUCUUGGGCUGGACGUCUUCCUCACAUUCACAGUCGCAGCUGCCACCGAGCUUCCAGCCGAUGUUUUCCUAACGUUCACCCUUGACAGAUGGGGAAGAAGAUGGCUUGCCUGCAUAUCCAUGGUUAUGUCGGGCCUCUUCAGCAUACUCGCGACCACGGUUCCAGUCGGAAUUCCCUCUGCCUCACUGGCCAUCAUCGGGAGGUUCGCUGUCAACAUCUCUUACAACAUCGGCCUGCAGUACGCUGCAGAACUACUUCCGACGGUCGUCCGGGCUCAGGGUGUCGCUCUCAUCCACAUUAUGGGCUAUGUCGCUUCCAUCGUUUCACCAUUCGUCGUCUACCUCGCUCAUAUCGACGUCAAUCUUCCUCUUUUCGUCCUCGGUGCCGUGGGCAUAUUCGGAGGACUUUUGUCCAUGUAUCUUCCUGAAACAAUGGACAAAGAACUUCCGCAGACUCUCAAAGACGGAGAAGAGUUCGGAAAAGGACAAACAAUGUGGGAUAUGCCGUGUGUCAGCAAGCACAAGGAGCCUGAGCCGGUGCCUGAGAUGUACCUUAAGAGGCGUAGCAGCUCUGUUCGGGCUUCGGUGCGUGGUGAGCACUUCAGGUCUAGCCUCAUCAACCGGUCGAUGAGCAGGCGAAUUUCUGAGACUUUGGAAGAAAAUCACCGCGGCGAACGAGAGGUAUGAGGCAGGGCCCCUCCUCGUACGAGGAGCCUCAGAACGCGAACUAGUCAUGAGCACCAUCUCCCCGGCGGAAGGAGAAGCCUCAGCUUUCGUCUCCCUCCGAGAGAUGACGGAAAUUGUGAUAUCCCCAACCGCUUCCCUCAACCGGUUUUAUUGUAAAUUAAUUAAUUAUUUAUAUUGUUUGUUUGAACGGGCGCUAGCUGUUGUGUGUACUGUUUUGUUUUUGCUAGUUUUACGAAGGAGGCACAUCCUGAAUUGUAGACUAUGAGAGAAACAAGAUUAUAUUAUUUAACAAAG